GCAGUUCAAAUGUAGAGAACGACACAGAAGCUUUUGAGAUUUACUAUUACGUAUUAAGUUUCAGAGACAGAGAGAGAGAACAAGUGGUGGGAGAAGAAUGCAGAGAGAAAAAGAUCGAGGGAUGUCGACGAGCUACAGUCCUUCUCGAAGCCCUGGAAGUGCGAGGUUUCAGUUUGGCAUGACUUCUCUGAGGCUGAGAUCUUCGUCUUUGAAGAAACCCCCUGAGCCCCUUCGAAAAGCGGUUGCCGAUUGUUUGUCCUCCUCCUCCUCGUCUUCGACUUCUAUUCAUGUCAACCUUUCCCCUGUUGCUUGUGAGGCUGCUAGAACUCUCCGGGACUAUCUGGCAGCCCCUUCAACAACUGACCUGGCUUAUUCUGUGAUUUUAGACCAUGCACUUGCCGAGAGGGAGCGGAGCCCGGCUGUUGUUGCAAGGUGUGUGGCGCUUCUGAAGCGAUAUCUUCUUCGAUACGUACCCAGUGAGCAGACGUUAGUGCAGAUUGAUCUUUUUUGUGUAAAUUCAAUCUAUGAGUGUGAUUCUAGCACGAACCGAAGAGUAUUGCCAUGGUCAAAAUCAUUUAGCCAACAUUCUGGAGCAUCAACCACUGGGAAUGCUUUUCCUUCUUUGCCAGCAUCCAGUUUUGCAUCAGGGGCACUGGUGAAGUCAUUAAAUUUUGUUCGUUCACUUGUGGGUCGCCAUCUUCCAAGAAGGUCGUUCCAACCAGCAGUUUUUGCUGUGGCCUCCACUGCAUCAAAACAGUCACUCCCAACAUUGUCUUCUUUGCUGAGCAGAUCCUUUAAUUCCCAAUUAAAUCCUACGGUUUCGAGUAGCAGGGAAUCUCCUGAGACGAAAGAGGCUUCCAGUUUAUAUUCUUCAAACUUGUCAAAUCUUGAUACUGUUGAUGGUCGGGAAGAUAUUGACUACAUUUCUGUGGAUGCUUUUAAAUGGCGUUGGCUUGGAGAACAGCAAUUAUCAUUAGUUGUGGCAGAGAGUGAUGGCGGUACAAGUCCCCAAGAUGUUAGUUCACAUGGUUUCCUUGAAGUUGGUGCUGCAGCUCUACUUGUUGGAGACAUGGAGGCUAAAAUGAAGAACAAACCAUGGACAGGCACUAAAGAUCUGCCUGCUAUUGAUCAAGUGUUGCAGCCUUCGACAGUCACAACUGCCACUAAUGUUGCUUCAGCUCAUUCUCACUUGAGGGCAAUCACUGCAUCUAAACGCUCCAAAACCGGCCCUCACUCAAUUUGGGAGGAUACCCCAGUGAGUACUCUCCGCCCACGUCCUCGACCUCUUUUCCAAUAUCGGCACUAUAGUGAACAGCAACCUUUACGAUUGAACGCUGCUGAAGUAUGUGAGGUUAUAGCUGCAGUUUGCUCAGAGUCAUCUUCACCAAAUGCAAAUCCUAUGACAGUGUCAUCCAGAUUAAGUCAUAAUACUGGAAAACCCUCAAUGGAAGUUGCAGUCAGCGUCCUUAUAAAACUUGUUAUUGAUAUGUAUGUGUUGGAUUCUCAAACUGCUGCCCCUCUCACUCUUUCUAUGCUGGAGGAAAUGCUUAGUUCUCCAAGAUUAGCUUCUAAGGUUCGUGCAUUUGAUUUAAUUCUAAACCUUGGGGUUCAUGCUCAUUUAUUGGAGCCUUUGUUACCUGAUGAUCCACCCACAAUUGAAGAAGAGUGCUCCCAAGAAACGUAUGUUGGCAACGAAGGACAGAUUGCAACUCAAGCAAAGAAAAAUACAGAUCCAUCCAAGCAGAGCAGAGCAUCCUCUGCCAUUGAUAAUUUUGAGUCCUGGCUUUUGACUGUUCUUUAUGAGGUUCUCUUACUCCUUGUACAGAUAGAAGAAAAGGAAGAAACUGUCUGGGCAUCUGCUUUAAGUUGUUUGUUUUACUUUGUUUGCGAUAGGGGCAAAAUAUGGAGGAAAAGAUUAGAAGGUCUUGACAUAAGGGUUAUUAAGACAUUUUUGGAGAUUAGCAGGGAACAUUCUUGGGCAGUAGCAGUUCAUUGCAAGCUUAUUUGCAUGUUGACAAACAUGUUCUAUCAGGUUCCUGGUGUUUCUGUAAAAGCUGUUUCAAGCACUCCUUUAUUUCUUGUGGAACAGGUUGAUCUGGUCGGAGGAAUCGAGUUCAUUUGCCUCGAGUAUUCACGUGCAAACUUAAUGGAAGAGAAGAGCAAUCUAUUUCUGGUGCUUUUUGACUACGUUUUGUAUCAAAUAAAUGAAACAUGCUUAGCCACUGGAGGUUCUGAAUACAGCUUUGAUGAGAUUCAGCCCCUUGCUGCAAUGCUUCGUCUUGCAAAUGCACCUGAAGCUUUCUAUAUAGCUGUUAAACAUGGAGUGGGAGGUAUAGGAGAACUAUUGAGAGGAUCAAUCUCUGCAUCUUUGUCAAGAUAUCCGAAUUGUGAGCAUCUAAAUAUGAUCUUGGAGAAGAUCAUCAAGAAAUUUGAUAAUAUUAUAGGCAUCGUUACUCAUUUGGAUGAUGAAUUUUCACACAUGAUACAGAUGACAAAAUCCUACAAGAAUUUGAAAAUUAUCGAGGAUGGAAUUACAGAAACUGGUAUUGACAUGAGUGUGAGAUUCUCAUGGGCCACUUUACAUUCUCUUCUUCACUCAAAAAGAUCUGCCUAUCGCCAGAAUGGGUAUAUCUGGUUGGUCGAAUUGCUUAUUGCUGAAAUCAGUGAGUAUAGGGAUACCAGUGUAUGGUCAAGCAUCAGGAAUUUGCAGAAGCAAAUUGGACUUGCUGGUACCCAAGAUUCAAUUGGUUCAGAAAUUUCUCUACACAUUUGGGUUAUGUGUGGUCUUCUGAAAUCAAAGCACAACUUCAUCAGAUGGGGCUUCCUUUUUGUUCUAGAGAAGCUUCUCAUGCGGUGCAAAUUGUUGUUGGACGAGAAAGAACUUGAGCUUUCAAGCAGUGGUGAACUCCGUGGACAUGAUCAUGGGGAUUGUCGUUUGGAGAAAGCAAAUGCCGUUAUAGAUAUAAUGAGCAGUUCAUUGUUGCUGGUCUAUCAAAUAAAUGAAACUGAUCAUAUCAACAUCUUGAAGAUGUGUGACAUGCUAUUUUCUCAAUUAUGCCUUCGACUUAUCCCUGCGAAUGCAAUGCACAUUGACAACCUCAAAGAGCUUGGUAAAGUCUUUGGGUGCACAGAUGGGAAUGGAAAGCAGUAUGGAGAUCCUCAUGCCUUUCACCAAGGAAUCAACUAUUGCAGAGAUGAAUUUCUGGAAGAAAUCAAUGGCAAAAGUGGUGCCAAUGCUAAUCCUUCUCUAAUUUGUGAUUCAGCAUCUAUGGCAGCACUGCUUCUGAGGGGACAGGCCCUUGUUCCUAUGCAACUUGUAGCACGUAUUCCCACUGCCUUGUUCUACUGGCCAUUGAUUCAACUUGCUGGUGCAGCAACUGAUGAUAUUGCACUUGGUGUUGCUGUUGGUAGCAAAGGAAGGGGAAACGUACCCGGUGCUACAUCAGAUAUCCGGGCUGCCCUUCUUUUGCUUUUGAUUGGGAAAUGCACUGCAGAUCCUGCUGCUUUUCUAGAAGUUGGAGGAGAAGAGUUCUUUAGGGAACUUUUAGACGAUACAGACUCAAGGGUGGCAUAUUACUCUUCGGCUUUUCUUUUAAAGAGAAUGAUGACAGAAGAACCCGAAAAGUACCAGCGGGUGCUUCAAAGUCUUAUUUUUAGAGCCCAACAGAACAACAAUGAAAAGCUGUUGGAAAAUCCGUACCUCCAGAUGCGUGGCAUACUAAAGCUGUCUGAUCUUGGGACUGGGAUAUAGAUCUGACAUACUGGGCUGGGUGUUGAAGAUCGGGUUUGCUUGAGUUGGGAGGGGAACUGCUGAAACUGCAAUGCCGAGUGGCUUCAUCCUAGUUAUGUUUGAUGCCCUACUAUGUUUUAUGUCAUUGAAGAUCCGGCUGGAAAAGUAAAACCUAUAGCGAAGAUGUGGUAAAUUUUCUAACCGUGUAUGAAAUGGUUUGGAAUAAACAAUUCAAUCAGAAAUUGGUAUCAACUGAGAGUGAAGGGUUAGCAGUGGACUAGUUGGUGCAUGU